UGAACAGAAGGCAAUACACGGAGGGUGGCUGGCGCGACGAAACCAGAGCAUAAGUAGACCGCUUUCUUCUCUUAAACCCGCUUUUUCUCGCAAUAUGAGGAUGAGUAGCGAGAAGAAAACCAUUUGGAUGAUUGUGAAAGAUGGAGAAGUCAUGUCUGACGUCAAGCGAUUUCAGUUUAACUGUGUCGAUGGAGUAGAAGAAGAAGAUAAGGUCUAUGAAAAAGCCAAGUUCUUAGAGGAUCUUGCAGAACAACUUGGUUUGUCAGGAUUUGAAAAGACAAGUGUCUUGAAGCUUAGAAAUGGUAGAGGUUCUCUUAUUCCACUGAGCAGAAGAACCCCUGAAAAUACAGUUACAAGUCCCUACAUUCUUGAAGUUUGUAGAAGACAUUCAUCAGUAAAACCCAGUCCUAGAAGAAUUGAUGUGCCAAGUUACAAAGAAACAUACCAGAUAAAGUUAGAGUUAUUUACCAAGAGGAUUAGCAGGCUGGAGGAAACUCUUCCUCAACUGUCACUGUUACGAGAUGCUAAACUCAGCGUGGAAGUGAAAAACUUGGAGGAAAGAUUAACGUUUUUGAACUCAAAACUCCAGGAAGCUGAUUCUCGGCAGUGGAAAGGAAUGUUUACUAAACAUCCUUUGUGGUGACCAGCAAACUCCACACCUGUGUACAGGACCUAGUGUGAUUGAGGCGACUAAGUUUAAGUGCUGUUCAAAACUUCUAUAAACAUGUACAGCCUAAGUGGCGUGUAUCAUGCAUUAUAUUGUUGAAGUGGAACAAAGUAUAGUAAGCUAAAGAUCUGCAGUGUGUAAAAAAGGCAAAUUACAUUGGUAGUCAUUUAAUUUUGUUUUCUGUCCCUGCCCUAUGAAUGUCAAGAUAAAACGAAUGCACAAUUCAGAUUGCUAGCUGUCUUUUGUUGGAGCAUCGAAAAAAAUUAUUUACUGACAUAAUUUAAUGGCAUAAUGAUACGGAUGUAUAUGGUUCUGCAAAGAAUAAGUAGAUUUUUCCUUUGUUAACAUCCUAGAUUGCAAUUACCUUCAGGUCAGAAUGCAUUCUACAGAUAUCUUAAUAUCGAUAUCAUUUUCGUGACACAAUGCAGCUGGUGAUAGCACUGAGUUUCUUUGCCUCUAAGGGUUAAGACUCCCCGUCUGUAGAGUGGAGGUGUCUAGACUAUGAUUUGGAGAAAAAAAAAAUCGAAUAUAGUAUGAAGCCAUGCUAAUGGAGAGGGAUCUAGUUGAGUAUUCCUGGAUUUUGCUUGUUAGGCUCGAAUAUUUGACCAAUAACCUUUUUGAGAUGGGACUGAUGUCAGACUUCUCUUAGAAGACUUGACUUCUAGAAGCAAAAGUACGACUGACAGUUUAAAAAAAAAUGUCAAAAAGUCUAUUUUAUCGUAUUUCUAGACAUGAGCAGCUGUAAGUAACAUGGUUCUUGUAGCGAAAGUUUAUUUAUAGUGGCAUUUGGCUGCUCUAAAAUAUAGCCAAUUGUUAAUCAAGCACAAACAAGCAGACAAAGGAAACAAAGAAACACUCGAGAAAGGGUGAAAGAGCCAAAAUAAUGUAAUCGAACCCAGAGCUUUUUGGCACUGGAAUGGUUAGCUUAAUAAAGCUUUAUUUGAACUUGCAA